AUCGGCAUUUCUUUUGCUAGACGCGGCCAGUCAAUGAACAGAUAGAGCGAUUACUAGUAUCGAAAUAGUUGUAAAUAACCACUGGAGUGCUAAAACUACACUGGAGUGUGGAUUUAAUAUUGAAUAUACAAAUACUAGUAAUUUUGUGUUCAAAGAUACAGUUUUGACAUUUUGUAUCACAUUUUUAUUUAUAAGUUUAUAGUUUUUGUUUACCAAAAGUGACAAUGGAGAUAUCUUAUUGUGCUCUAAUCCUGGCGUUGAUGGCUGCAUAUGCACAUGGAACAGAGAUUAUAGUGACGCGCCCUGGCGGGGGAUUCCACAUGGGAAAUAGAGUAGAAAUACCGUGUGUGUACACCGGAAGUGACUGGUUAGUGAUGCGAUGGAUACGCAACGGGGUCGUCCUAGCAUACGUCGUGAAAGGACUGGACAAUCCUCAGUGGAUGGACACGGCACCAAAUUCCUUCCAGGACCACGUGGAACUUGACUUCAAAAAAGACGAUGACACUGGCUACUCGCUCAACAUGACGAUUGACGGCCUCAAGUGUACGGACACGGGCGAGUACAAGUGCGAGGUCACCACCCUCUCCGCCACAGUGCCCUUCUUUAACACCACCAAUAUAGAAAUACUUGUGGAUCCUAUCAAGCCACAGAUUAUGGACGGGGACUACUUCCACGCCAAGGAAAACGUCACGUUCGAACUUAGCUGUUCCGGCCGCGUAGGGAUUCCGCCAGCUACCAUCAAGUGGUUUGUGAAAACUGCGGUUGACGGUGACUUCCAGCCGCUCGACCCGGCCCUCACCUCACAGACAAAUACCCAAGGGGAAGGCGACAUGUGUUGGUAUUCCGGAAACGCUCGCGUCACCGUUACAAUGGAGGAGUCCCUAGAUGGCGCUCUUUACGCAUGCGCAGUAGGUGACGUCAUGGACACCAAGGACCUGAACUUCGAUGAGGUCGUACUUGUUUUGCAAGGUAAAACUACAAAACCCGCUCCGACGACGACGCCGACGACAACCACGAGGAAACCAUGGUCUGGAGAGAGUUCAAGCGGCAGUGGCGUUAAUUCAUUAUCCCUCAUGGCAGCGUGCUGCUGUGUUUUGAUAUCAGUAUUAAACGUAUUUACUGGAAGAACACCUUAAAUCGAAGACAAUUUUAGCUCUUAACAAAUUUAGAAAUAAGGGAAACAACUAGAGUGGAAUAUGUUUUCAUAGUAAAGUAGAAGUUGCCGUUCUUUGAAAUUGCUAUACUAAACAAUAUUAAAACUAUUUGAUAUUUAAUUUUAUUUUGAAAAUAUCAAACCUCACGGGUUAUUCAUUUUUUAAUCGAUAUGAUUAAGUAUUAAAUUGCACGUGCAUGUACCAUAAAACAGAACGGAAAAUGGACAGCAUCGAAAUUAAAUAAAGUUUCGUACAAGUAUAUAUUAUAAUGUUAUGAGAUGGACUCGGGUGUUGGAAGUGAUCAAAUUCUGUGGUUGCGCCAUGACUUUAUAACACAGUGCACGGAUUUCUAAAUGGACGAUGCCUGCAUUUCAGAGACUCGGAAAUUGGAAAUAAGAAACUAUGUGUCUCCAUUAGGGAAUGGGUCCUUCAGAGAAAUCCUCUUCUUAUUUUGUAAUAUUACCUUCAUAUCCUCAUCGUUGUUUCUUUUAUUUUCUCCUUUUGCUGCAAAAAUUGUUUUUGCAUCAUUAUCAACACCAUACUUAAACUCCUCAAAGUGCAUAUUUAUAUCAAUGUGUUAAUGUCAAUUUUUGUAUUGCAUUGAAUUUCUUUUAGGUCUAUAUCGUUUUCCACUUAAUCAUUUAUGUAGCCUUAUUAUGAUAUUACAAUGUUCUUAAAAAAAUUACAAAUCCAUUUUCAUUAUUAUAAUUAUUUCAUUUACAUUCAUAGUUGCCAUAAGGGGUAUUAUAUAUCCAAAGAAACAUACUGCACGACACCCUUUACCUAAGGGCAAUUUGUCAUGUGUUUGUAUGUAUACUGAUAUCAUUUGCAGCUUCAUGUCCAUAGAAAUCACCAUAGAAAUCACUUCAUGUUCAUUCAUAUAGCUCAAAUUAUGAUAUUGCCUUAAACUGCCAUGCGUUCAUCUAAUCUAUUGCAAUACUUUUGUAACUUUGUAUCACUAAUAUACGUCAGAGGAAAUAUGUCAAUUUAUCAGAUGUAUACAUGCGUUAAGUGUUACUUGGAUGUUGUCAUAUUAUUGUACCUCUUGGUCUUAAUGGUACACCAUAGAUCAUAGCUACCGGUUGUUGUAUAAUUGUAACUCUUGACCGAUAUGGUACCCCAUACAACUUAGCUACCAGCAUAUAAAUUGUUCCUAACUUCUCCGCAAGUAUUUUAUUGCGUUUCAUAAGUUUAAACACAGAGUUGGAGUAAGUUAUGAAAAUCACGGUAGUAAAACUAUGCAAGUUACAAGUUUUGUCAUAAUAGUCAUGUUGAAUAUAACAUUAAUAUUUAACAAGCUGGUAGCUAAGACAUACUUUAUCACAUUAAAACAUUCUAAAUAAUGUUUGUCAACAUUUGUAUUAAGCAUGUUACAUGUGCUUUGCUAUUGGCAAUAUACAGCUACAGUAUUUCAUUUUCUUCCAAGAAAUUAUAUCUUUGAAAUAAAUUGGUACAGAGAAUUCUAAUCCUACUAUUAGAACAAGCCCGCCCCGACGACAUUGAUAUCUUAUUACAAAUUUUAACUUUCUGUCAAACACAGUCAAAUGUAAGUACCUGCGGUAAAUUGUUUUGUAUGUAAUAAGAACUCUGCAAACAUACUUUCUAGGACAAAAGUGAUUUUGAAUAAUCUACAAUUCUGAUAAUGCAUUGCAUACUGUAGGUAUUAUGUUUUUAGUUUUUAUGGCGUUUGUGCUUUUGUUUUGAGUGUUUUCUAUGGAGUUUUGUUCUAUCAAUGUUUUAUGUAUUGUAUUUAUCUUAUAAAUAAAUGAUGAUGCCUGAAAAAAUAAAUGAUGAUGC